AUGGCGUCUACCACUACGCCUCCCAUAAUCGGCGACCGCUCCUACGGCAUCAUCCCCCUCCGUCUAACAUCCACCACUACCUCUCCCCCCAGCACCACCAACACGCAAAUCCUACUCAUCCACCAAAAAACCAUCAUUCCCUCCAACCCGUAUUUCUGGACCUUCCCGAAAGGCCACAAGGAAGAGGGCGAUGCGUCGCUGCAGCAUACGGCGAUCCGGGAAGUGUUUGAGGAGACGGGGUUGAGGGUUGGGGUGGAUGAUCUAAUGGUUUUUAAGAAUAGGGACGGGGAAGAAGUGGAGUUCAGAGAGGUGUAUACGAAUCCUAUUCGGAAGGUGGGGAAGGAGGUCCGGUACUGGGUCGGCGUUGUCAAGGGCGAGCAGGAGGUUGUGUUGCAGGAGAUAGAGGUUGAUAGUGCGAAGUGGGUGGGGUGGGAUGAGGCUGAGAAGACGAUCACCUUUGAGGAGGGGAGAGCGAUGUUGAGGAGGGCGAGAGCUUGUCUAGAGGCUGGGAGCUGA